GCGCGCGUGAUCGGAACCAGGCGCAGACGCAGCCUCAAGAUGCCGACGUCCCAUCCCGGUUCGGAAGCGGUGCCGGCGGACUUCUGGGUGGACGGCUCGCGCAGGGACGGGACGGUGGAAGAGUUCUACACGCUCGGCUCCGAAUUGGGCAGAGGCGCCACGUCGGUGGUGUAUCGCUGCGAAGAAAAAGAGAAAAAGAAGUCAUACGCCGUCAAAGUUCUCAAGAAGACGAUCGACAAGAAGAUCGUCCGGACGGAGAUCGGCGUGCUUCUGCGUCUUUCGCACCCCAACAUCAUCCAGCUGAAGGAGAUCUUUGAGACGGACACGGACAUCGCUCUCAUUCUGGAGCUGGUGACGGGAGGCGAGCUCUUCGACAGGAUCGUGGAGCGCGGCUACUACAGCGAGAGAGACGCCGCCCACGUCAUCAAACAGAUCCUGGAGGCCGUGGCGUAUCUGCACGAGAACGGCGUGGUGCAUCGGGAUCUGAAGCCGGAGAAUUUGCUCUACGCCGACCUGUCGCUGGAUGCGCCGCUCAAGAUCGCCGACUUUGGUCUUUCCAAAAUCAUCAAUGAGCAAGUGACCAUGAAGACCGUGUGCGGGACGCCGGGAUAUUGUGCUCCUGAGAUUCUUCGAGGAAACGCUUACGGACCAGAAGUGGACAUGUGGUCGGUGGGCGUCAUCCUCUACAUCCUGCUGUGCGGCUUCGAGCCCUUCUUUGACGCGCGGGGGGACCAGUACAUGUACACGCGCAUCCUCAACUGCGACUACGAGUUUGUCUCCCCCUGGUGGGACGACGUCUCGCUCAACGCCAAGGACCUGGUGAGCAAGCUGAUCGUGUUGGACCCGGCCAAGCGUCUGAGCGUGCGGCAGGCCCUGCAGCACCCGUGGGUGCUGGGCAAGGCGGCGCGCUUCUCGCACAUGGACACGGCGCACAGGAAGCUGCAAGAGUUCAACGCCCGGCGCAAGCUGAAGGCGGCCAUGAAGGCGGUGGUGGCGACCGGUCGCAUGCACGAGUCGUCUCGCCGCCGCACCGACAGCUGCGAGAUUCCCGCCUCGGGGACGUCGCGGCAGAGCAGCGUGCGGCGGGACGGCGGGACCCCCGAGGCGGCCGCCCCCCCCCCCGAAAACCAGGGGGCCGCGCCCUCGGAGAACCAAAGGGAGCAAAGUAGCCCCCCCGCACCCGCCAGGCCGCCGCUGCGGACCGACGCCCAGCGGCAGGCCAGAUCGGCAGUGGCCCCGCCCAGGCCGCCCAAGAAGAGCUGCUCGUUGGGCCCGGCCCCCGCCAACAAUCGGGCCGCCGCCCCGAGCCCGGACGGCCUCAGCAACGGCUCGGGGCCGGAGCCCCCCGCUCAGACCCCGCGCGCCCUGUGAGACGGUAAUGUGCCCGCGGUGGGUAGGGGGGAGGGGGGGGGGGUCUUGUGAAUACCGACAUCUCAUUCCAAACUUGACUUUUACUGACAAGUGCAUGAAACACCACGGCUAGCGUGCUAGCUCCCAUUCCAUCGUUUGCAAUGUUGUGAAGUUGUCAGUUUGUUUACAACUGAAGCUCAGAUGACUUUUUUAAUAUUUCUUUUCAAUGGCUAGCGCAUUAGCAGUUAGCAUGGCAGCCCGUGCAUGACCACUUCCUUUUACGCUCACGUUUGUUCGCGCCGCCUUGGAAACACGCUUGGCUUGGCUUAGCUUAGCUUAGCAUCACGGUCUGGUCCACUUGGGGAGACGUCCCGGUCUUUGCGAGGCGACCAGAUUUGCGUCCAAACGUGAGGAAACGUUUGCAUCGUUUCCCGUUCUAUCUUUGUCACUGAUUUAGCUUCACAGCCUGUGUAGGAUGCUAAGCUAUGCUAACAGGGUGUAGACGGCAAGGACAACUUUUAGACGGGGCGGGGGCCGGUUAAAUGUAAAUAGCGUUCUUGUGUUUGUCGUGUGAUCACAUGAUACAGAGCGGAAGUAAAACGUCUUCACCAUAA